GGUCUGAGUUUGGGGGCCGGGGCAGAGGGUCUGAGUUUGGGGGCCGGGGCAGAGGUGGUGGCGGAGGCAGGGGUGUUGAAGUUUAUCGGGGAGCUAGAGCUGGAGGAAGAGGAGGAACUGGGGGAAGAGGAGGAGGUAGGGACUUUAGUACCAAGUGGCGUGGUGAGCGUGUUGGUCGUGAUUUUAGUAGUGAUGGGAGAGAUUUUAGCAAGCCUAGUGAUGAUCUGGACAACAUUGUGCUACCAAAGCAGGACUUUCAUGGGCUCAUUCCGUUUGAGAAGAACUUCUAUGUGGAGAGCCCUUCUGUUCAGGCCAUGUCGGAGCAGGACGUGAUACUCUACCGCAAGAGGCGGGAUAUAACUGUUGAAGGGUAUGAUAUCCCUAAACCUGUCAGGUUCUUCGAGGAAGCUAACUUUCCAGAUUAUUGCCUCCAAGUGAUGACAAAAUGUGGUUUUGUUGAGCCUACACCUAUUCAAUCUCAAGGUUGGCCCAUGGCAUUGAAGGGGAGAGACUUAAUUGGUAUUGCAGAGACUGGUUCAGGGAAAACACUGGCUUAUCUUCUGCCAGCAUUGGUUCAUGUUAAAGCUCAACCUCGAUUGGCUAACGGUGAAGGUCCUAUUGUUUUGGUUCUUGCCCCGACAAGAGAACUAGCUGUUCAGAUACAAGAAGAAGCUGCAAAGUUUGGUUCAAAUUCAAAUGUUAGAAGCACAUGUAUCUAUGGAGGAGCACCGAAAGGGCCACAAAUUCGUGAUUUGAAAAGAGGAGUUGAGAUUGUAAUUGCAACACCUGGUAGAUUGAUUGAUAUGCUGGAAGCUUGCCACACAAAUCUGCGUAGAGUUACCUACCUUGUACUAGAUGAGGCAGAUCGCAUGUUGGACAUGGGAUUUGAACCGCAGAUAAGAAAGAUUAUCUCACAGAUUCGUCCAGACAGGCAGACAUUAUACUGGAGUGCAACAUGGCCAAGGGAAGUGGAGGCGUUGGCACGAACCUUUUUAUGUAAUCCUUACAAGGUUAUCAUUGGAUCACCUGAUUUAAAAGCUAACCAAUCGAUAAAUCAAUUCGUUGAGGUUAUAUCAGAUCAUGAAAAAUAUCCCAGGCUCAUAAAAUUGUUGAGUGAAUUGAUGGAUGGAAAUCGUAUACUCAUUUUUCUUGAGACGAAGAAAGGUUGUGACCAGAUUACUCGGCAACUUAGAACAAAUGGAUGGCCGGCUUUAUCCAUUCAUGGUGAUAAAGCCCAAGCUGAAAGAGAUUGGGUUCUUGCAGAGUUUAAGAGCGGAAAGAGUCCUAUAAUGACUGCAACGGAUGUUGCUGCUCGGGGUCUUGAUGUCAAGGAUAUAAAAUGUGUUAUCAAUUAUGAUUUCCCGUCUAGCCUCGAAGAUUAUGUUCACAGGAUUGGUCGAACUGGUCGUGCCGGAGCGAAGGGAACUGCUUUCACAUUUUUCACCUCGUCAAAUGCUCGAUAUGCGAGGGGUCUUGUAAAAAUAUUACAGGAGGCUGGCCAGAGUGUUUCUUCUGCACUUGCCGCCUUGGCAAGAUCAGGCGGUGGUGCUAUGGGUGGAGGAGCAACGGGAAACUUCCGCUCUCGAGGGCGAGGCUUCGGUAAUCGACAGCUAAGGUCCGGUUCAAAUGCUAUUCCAGUUGCUGGCAAGAAGCCCUGGUGAGCGGUGACACUGCAUUGGAUUGUUUGUCUGGAAAGUUUCAGUGUCUUCAUGCUCCCAGGUAAUUUAAAUGAGGCAAUUGUGCCGUUUUAUUAGCAAUUCAUAUUAUGUUUGAAAAAGCUGGUGCUGCUACUUCACUUUAAUACUUUCUUUCACUGGAAGCUUAAAAUGCUUUAAAAGCUUAUACUUUUUCAUUAAGCCAGUUAUUGAUUUUGUAUAUUCUUGUUUUAGUAUCUUUUGUAACAUGAUU